UAAUAUCCAUAGGGCUGGUAACUGGCCCAGGACGCUAGGCUGGAUUGUGAUUGAAACCAAGCACUUUUAAGAGCAUUUUCUUUCUACUUGUUGCCGAAGAUUCAAAGUUCCUGGAAGGCAGCGGGGCUGGGAUACGUCAAGCAGUUACUGCUAUCUGAAAGUGGGGGCCCCUCCCCGUUCAUGUGAGCUGGAAAGGCAAAAAAGAAUGACACAUGCUGUUUCCUUUUCCAGUUGCAAAGGGGUCAGGAACUCGGCAAGGAGUGUCUGAACAAGUGCGGCAUUCUCCUGGGUCCUUGGUCUCUUCCCUGCCUUUCUAUUCUGUUUAAUCCAGCCGGUGAUUCUGAACGGGGGGGGGGGGGGAACCCGUCAGCACAAAUAAGGCAUUUCUGAAGGCGUAAAUUAUGAGUGACCAAAAAGAUGGGACACCACCACCACCUGGAGAUCUCGGGGGUUCUUCAGCUCCAGUAGAUGUGGCAGUCAUUGGAGGUGUCAUUGCAGCAGUGGCUAUUGUCCUAAUUUGCCUGUUGAUCGUGAUGCUCCGAUACAUGUACAGGCACAAGGGCACCUACCACACGAAUGAAGCAAAGGGAACUGAAUUUGCCGAAAGCGCAGACACUGCUCUGAAAAAUGACCCGGCUCUCCAGGAGGCUGUGGAUGAGAGCAAAAAGGAAUAUUUCAUCUGAGAGCAAAGGGAAUCCACACUGAGACUGUCUGAGUGCUUCUUUCCCCAAGGGAAUCAGUCAGAACACUACAUCAAUGAAAGCACUAAGAUAUGGAUAUUGCUAGGAUAGAGGCAAGCAUCCUAAUUGAAAUGCUACUUCCCCCCGCUUCCCAUGAAGAACAGAACACCAGAUACCUGGCUGUUGAUUUUAUUAGCCACACACCUGGUCACAAUUGAAUUCAAUAUCAGAUCAGAAGAAACAAAAUCUCAGUCUGAACGAUAAACCAUACCACAUAAUGAAAUCAAAUGUCAAACGUUGACAUUUGGUCAAAAUAGCAGAUGCCAAUGGAAGACAUCCUCUUAGCGUUAAUGAUGCCUCCUACAUUGAUAUUAUACAGGACUACCUGAAAAUGCAUUUUCAAUGGUAUAGAACAAGUGUUAAACCAGAUAAAAGCUGGGGUUAGUGGAACAAAAAUUGGUCUGUAGUCCAGGAUUCCCCCCCCCCUUAAAUGUGCACUUUGCCAAGUGUGAUUUUUUCCUCUCUGGCCCUCUUCCUUCCCCACCACCCCCCACUUUGUUUUAAGUCAAGGACAUGACACACACAAAACCCUAUAGGAAAAAUAUGGAACACUUAAGAGUAAAGGAUUUUUAUUUUUAGCUAGCUCUGCAUGGUGACUUGAGGAUUGCAAAGUGUUAGAAUUUACAGUAUAUAGUAGGUAAUUACCACUAGACUUAAGAAAAUGUUCCCAAAUAGCUAUUAGGCUCCUUUCCUGCAUACAUAAGUAGGUCAAUAGUUAUUGGCUAGUGCAGGCCUUCUGAAACAAAUGCUCUCCGCUAGAUUUGGAAUGAGAACUUUGGCCCUGGUGUUUAUUUAUUUAUUUCACAUUGGAGAAUUCUUUCAAAAACCUGCUGACAUUUGGGGGAAUGGAGUCAGAAUGCAGACAUAAAUAACAGUUAGAAAUGUACCUGUAAUGCUACCCUGGAGCAGUUUGUCCAUUUGAAUCCCAUUCUGUUGUAUUGAUCUUUCUCUCUCUUGUGCCCCUCCCAUCUUUUAAAUAUAUCUUGGUUUUCAGGCAGCCUCGGAUACAAAAAAUUCCAUUGAGCAUUGGCUCUUUAAAAAAAUAAAAUGGACGUGAUCUGUAAAAUGAAAGCUCCUGUUCAUCACAUAAGAAUUCACUGUGAUGAGUUUCUUCACUCCAGCAAGCUCUGUGUCUCACAGAAGCCAACAGGUAGUCCUGGAAAUAGGAUUAAUUGUCCUCUGCACCUGUUUAUCACCAGCUAGGUUUAUGCCCUUAACUAUCCAAAAUGAGGGGGUGAGGAAUAAUAAAUAAUAAAUGUGCCUUCGAUCAACUAUCCUGUUUUAAAUCAAUAGUUUUCUAUGUUUUCGUGUUUAAAAAAGAUUAUAGAGAGAGACGUCUACAAUUGUGCUUUCACAACUUGGUGGCUUCAUCUUCUCCAGAGAUCUUAAUUUUAUGACACUGGGUGCCAGACUGGCUCCUAGAACUCAGCUUAAUUCACCAGCAUUGGCCAUACAACCACUAGAGGGAGACCAGAUCUCCAGGAGAAAAUACUUGAGGAAUCAAGUAGAUUUGGUGAAGGAAGGGGACAGUUUUGUAUCUUUAAUUAUGUCCUCAAGGUCACUCAGUACCUACAGGAGCAGGACUUUGCAGUAGGAGAGUCCUAAAGAUUGAAUGUUGAAUCUUUGCUGUAUGCUUUUAACCAAAGAAAAUCAAAACCAUGCCAACUUACUAAAAGCUUGGGACCAAAUUCCACAGACCAUUGUACAUACAUCAGCCCACACGAUGUGAAAAUCCAAUAAUCCAGCACUUACACAAUUCAAAUGUUAUGGUGUCAUGUACUUGAUUUUUGUAUUCGCUUUACCAUUUUAAUCCUUUCACGACCACUUUUGAAAUAGGAAUAAAUUUGUAUGAUUGUUUUGGGCGAAGGAAACUGAUUAAGCAGCAGGUGUACACUUCUGUACUUGGAUUGCCAGAAAAGGAACGGGGUGGGGAGGAAAGGGGCAUCCUCUUCUUGAAUGUGCAGAAUUCAUGUAUCUACUCUGAAGUUAAAUUCUUCAUAGACCUAAAAAAAUACAUAAGUUUAUGCCCUGGAUAGGCCCAGGAACCCAGUCUGGAAACAAUGUAGAUAUUCCCUAUGGAUGUGAGGUGAGUGGAACAACUUGAACUACAUCCCAUGUCAUACAUGAGACCAGGGAACCCUGCCCCCCAAAAAACCUUCCAGGAGGCCUAGUGGGCCAGGCCCUAUUAAGCCUUUUCCUUAAAGCAAAUUUCCUGAGUCAACCGUAUAUCCCCUUAUUUCUACCUCGCAUCAGUCCAGUCCCACAUCAGCCACUAGCUGUGGCUGAUAAGAAAAACUUACUCAAUAAAGGUUUGUUUGAAGCCUUUCUAGUGACUGACUGGAACCGUAGUAAAUUCUCAUCUGAGCAGCCAUCUUCUGGAUGGACGCACAGCAGAAAUGAAGUGGUGGUGGGAGGUCCAUUGAGUUUGCAAGGAACAAAUAGUUUUUCAAGGCUUGGGAUUGUUACUAAGCUACUAAGGAACCAUGGGAUACCUGAACAGCUGCACAAGGUACACAAGGUUGCGUUUUUAUUUGUUAUGGGGGUGGAUGGACCAAGCCAAAGAAGCCUGAGAGUCAUCUCCAGUUGUGGGGCUGAUGGUCAUCAGGUAGCUGUUAGUCAUAAAGGGGUGGUGUAAAUUGGCUUCAAUGGAGUAAUGCUGAUUUACAUCAAUUGAGAAUCUGGCCCAGUAUGUGACUAUUUAGGCCCUCAAAUCUGAAAUGACUGCAACUAUUGCCUUUGGCUAUGGCCCUCCUUAGUAGGUUACUUCAUUUCUGUAUGCCAUUUUCCGCAUAUUCAUGUAGUCAGCUGAACAAUCCAAGUAUACAAUAACUACAUCGUCUACCCACCACCAAUGAGCCUUUUAGAAUAUUUUAGAAAAGUAACUUUGGUGCUAGUUAUGUUUUCAGUUGUUGUUUUUUCAGUGUUUUUUCAAGUUCAGAGGCUUUGACUCGCGCACCCAGAACAGAGAGCAGAGCAGGGAUCUGAAGGGUUUUUGUGUUUGACUUUCUAGGAAUCAAAGGUUGCUUUGUAAAGAAAGAGCAACAUUUAACAGUAUCAUGAGACUGGCAGAACUCUAAAGGCCCAAUCGCUCAUCCUCUACCCACACAAUAGUCUCACUGUCUUCAAUCAGUUUGGCCUUAAAUCAGUGCAUUACAAAAUUAUCAUAACUUUUUGGGCUAAUUUACAAAACUUCCCUCUCUGUAAGCCACAUGCUGUGCUAAACAGAACACAGUUUGCAAUACAGAGGUGCCUUGGCGGGUGGCUGUAACUUUGGAUCAAAAAGAGCUGAUAGAUUUUUUAAAACAGCACGAAAAGUUUUCAGUUAGUUACUCACUCCCAUUACUCUGUAGCCACCAACUCAGGAAAUAGGACACAUUUUGUAUGAGCGAAUGCCAAGUAUACAUUUGGUACAGAGCUGGGUGGGAAUUUUUUGACAAAACUGUUUUCUGUCAUAAAAUGCCACUUUGUCAAAACUGAAACUUUUUGUGAGAAAGGGUUGAUUUUGACAAAAAACUUUUGUUAGGAAGUUUUCGCGGGUCCAGGAUAGAGUUUCUGGUCCAAAACCAGAGACACACUGGUACAUUCUGCUGCUUGAAUUCACCUGGGUCCAAGUCCUUACUCCAAAUCAAUCAGAGCACAGUUCUGAACCUGAGUCUCACACACCUGAGCUGAGUGACUAAGCCACUAGGCUAUUCUGCGGCAGGGUAAUCUAGUGCUCUUUUUUCUGGGUUCCACCUCCCACCCAAAAAUAAAUAAAUAAAAAAAUCAAAAAAAUCAAAAUAAAAAAAAAGUGUCUUGGUUUCAUCCCAGUGCAGAAUGGGAAAUUUUUAGAAAUCUCCAAAAUUUCCACAGGAUAGGAAAGCCAUUUCAUGCCCAGCUCUAGUUUGGCACAGAUGCUCCUGGUGUAGUGCUCUGUAUUAACCGACAGCCAUUGGUCCAGCAGGGACCACUUUGUACAUAAUGCCUCUGUUCCGAAGCACCAGUUGGAUUUUCAGUGCCUUUGAAACUUUGUAUCGAAUCCUCAACUAUUCACUAUUUUUCAAACUGAUGCUGUUGUGGACGCAUUAAGGCUUUUUAAAAAUAAGAUAAUUGCUAGUGUUAAGAAAUGAGGCUGAUAACUUAAUUAGAAAAACUUGUCUGGAAAGAUUCCUGUUGUUGUCAGUGGGCUUUAGAUUGGGCCCUGGAGAUUUAAACAUGUCUCAUUGAAACACUGUGUUGUUUGUGAAGAAAAAUAAAGCUAUUUUCAAAAGCCA